AUGACUUAUGAAUUUGAUGAGGAACCUGUGAGGUUGUCGUUUUCUGAUUCUGGAUGGGAAGAAGUUAACUCUGAAUAUUCUGAAGGAGUGUUUUUAUAUGAGUCAGAAUCAAAAGAUGACUUUGAAGAUUCUGAAGAUGAUUCUGAGUCAGAAGAUGACUCUAAAGCUGAAGACAAGUCAGGAUCCGAAGGUGAUUCUGAGUAUGAAGGAGAAUCACAAGAUGAGUCAGAAUCUAAAGAAGAUUAUGCUUCUGAAGAUAAAACGGAGUCUGAAGGUUCUAAAGAUGAGUCAGAACUUGAAAGUUCUGAAGAAGGUGGAACUUCUGAAGGCAGAUCUUUUGAAGGUAGUCCAGCCUCUGAUGGUGGUCAUGAUUCUGAAGGUGGAACUUCUGAAAGAAAAGUUUUUGAAGGCGGUACUUCUGAAGAAUCAGAAGAAGAUUCUGAACAAGUGUGUAUUGAAGAAGCUCUCAAGAAGAAAGUAUGGUUGAAUGUCAUGAAAGAAGAACUUGAGGCUAUAGAAAGAAACAAGACUUGGGAGUUACCUGAGUUUCCAAAGGAGAAGAAAGCCAUCAGCGUCAGAUGGGUUUUCAAGGAGAAAUAUGCUUUUCUAAAUGGAGUUGCACGUUGUAGCAACCAGAAGCAACUUUCAGAUGUUUUGACGAAGGAUGUCAAGACUAAAUACUUUAUCCAUUUGAGAGAUGGAAUUGGUGUUGUAUUUGUUUAG